GCGUGCGCGCUCCCGGACGGGCACCGACUGACUGACUGUGUGCGUGUGCGCGUGUGGGUUUUACACUGAUUGGCUGCACCGUGACCGCGUGCACGUGAGGGAAGCCGCUUAUAUUGGCCGCGCAGGCUCGCGCUCAGCAACAGUUUCCCACUCCGCCGGUACCCCCGAGGGCACGCGCGGACGAGGAGCGCACGAGGCGACAAGUAACGGUUAGAAAAAAGCAGAGUCCAUGGCUGCCUCGGCUCUUAGCAGCUGCUUGUGGAUGUUGGUCCUGGGAGCGUGUGUGUCGCUGGUGGUGGGAACAGACUGCGGGAAGGAGUGCGCACUCUGUGUGUACCGUCUGCUGGGACAACAGUCCGCCUUAUCAUCCCUGACAUGCUCUCUUGAGUGCGAUGGCGGGUUGGACAGCCAGAAGCUGCGUCUGUGCCAGGACGUUCUGCUGGAGGAGGAGAACCAGAACCCGCUGGCUCCACAGCAAGACCAGGAGACGCUGGACGCCGCCACGACCGACGAGGAAGACGCGGCCUCACCGGAGCACCAGAUGGCCAAGAAGUACGGCGGCUUCAUGAAGCGCUACGGCGGCUUCAUGUCUCGCCGCUCCCCCUCCUCCUCCCUGGAGGAGGCCGGAAACCAGGACGAGGAGCAAAGCAUCCGCAUGGAGAUCCUAAAGGUCCUCAACGCCGCCACCGAGCACGGCGGCGAGGGGGACGGCCAGGGAGGCGAGGCGGCCAAGCGGUACGGGGGCUUCAUGCGGCGGGCCGAAGGCGGGGCGGCGCAGGGCAACCUGCUGGAGGCGGUGCUGGGCCGGGGGCUGAAGAAGCGCUACGGGGGAUUCAUGAGGCGGGUGGGCCGGCCCGAGUGGCUGGUGGACAGCAGCAAGAGCGGAGGGGUGUUGAAACGGGCUUGGGAGAGCGGCAGUGAGCUACAGAAGAGGUACGGCGGCUUCAUGGACUAGGACGCCACUGUCAGCCACAACCCCAGCUCCAUCUCCCCAGCCUUCUCUUGUCAGCCAAUCACCUUGUAGUCUGGACUUGUUGGUGUUUCAACUGCCCCCCUCUGCCCCCCACUUCCCCCCCUGUGCUAAUUACAUCAUCUGCCUUUGUAUAAUGUGCCGCAGCCUACGUCAUCGGUUCAACUGGUCCUGUAAUGAUGAAAGAAAAAA